AUGCAGAUGUGCUGUAUUUUAAAUUGUUUACCGAAAUGCUUUCAUCGAAAAAACAUGUCUACGGUCUUAGAGAACGGAUGCGCGGGAGUCGAUACACACGUAAACGGCCACAUCCCGUACACAAAUGGGAAUGGUACCAUGAAUGGCAUACAUAAUACAAACGGAAAUGGCAUCUCCAAUGGCAUCUCCAAUGGCAUCUCCAACGUCUCCAAUGGUACCAUUAAUGGGACACAUGGUGUAAAUGGCAGCGGAACAUCUUGGGAGAAGCAGUUUCUACCACCAUCACUCCAGCUUGAGGACAAAGCUCGCGCUCUUAAGGUGGAGUCAAAAUUAUCGGGUCUAGUGCUCUGUGGUGCCACCUUACGGCAAGUGGGUGAAGUUUUCGCUCGAGAAAUUGAAAAUGGUCUACGCGAGAAGCCAUCCAGUCUUCAGAUGGAAAACACAUACGUUCCAGAACUACCAGAUGGCACAGAGGAAGGUGUUUUCCUGGCGCUCGAUCUUGGCGGGACGAACUUCCGGGUCUUAUUCUUAGAAUUAAGGGGAGGUCAGCUGGUGAGAGAGGAUGUCAAACAUUAUCACAUCAGCGAUGAACUCCGUGUUGGCCCUGGAGUAGACCUCUUCAACUUCUUGGCUGACUGUGUGCAGGACUUCCUCCGAUCAGAAGGCAUGGAGAAGGAUGAACUGUCUCUUGGUUUCACCUUCUCAUUCCCCUUAAAACAGCAUUCCAUUUCAUCUGGGGAGCUCACAACCUGGACUAAAAGCUUUAACUGUGAAGGCAUGGCUGGUGUGGAUGUAGCGGCCUUACUCCAGCGGUGUUUGAAUGAAAGGGGUUUGAAGGUUACAGUGCAAGUUCUUCUGAAUGACACCACUGGAACCUUGGUUGCUGGUGCUCACUUAGAUCCUGAAGUCGCGAUUGGUGUCAUUCUGGGUACCGGUUCCAACGGUUGUUACAUGGAGAGGGCUGAUCGUGUCAUGCAUUGGGAGUCAGCCCAUGAGAGAGUCCACGAUGUCUGUGUCGAUAUUGAGUGGGGUGCAUUUGGUGAUAAUGGCUGCCUGAACUUUUUGAGAACGGAGUUUGAUAAUGAGGUCGAUCGGAAAUCGUUGUUGGCUACGAGUUUUACAUUUGAGAAAUACAUUGGUGGUAAAUACUUGGGGGACCUGUUGUGUUCAGUGCUGGGAGGGCUUGCCAGGGACGGUGUCUUCCCUGCUGUACCCACAUGGGGAGAACUUGCUAGUGCACACGUCAGCAUGUUUGAAGAAGAAAAUUCAGUUGGUGAGUGGAAACGUACGGCUGAGGCUCUUUGCGAAGCCUGUGGAGGCUCUACAAUGUCACGCGCCGACGCCUUAGUCGCCCAACAUGUCGCCCGUGUCAUUUCAAACCGAGCUGCGCAGCUUGUAUCUGUCUGUAUCUCAACAAUUCUGCGUCGUAUGGAACGGAAUCACACGUCCGUGGCCGUUGACGGGUCCGUUUUCAAAAGACAUCCGCGUAUCGCGAAACUCAUGAACAAAUAUAUCUCAUUACUGGCUCCUAAGCACAAGUUCACACUAUUAGGCGCUGAAGAUGGAAGUGGCAAGGGGUCUGCGUUGACAGCAGCAAUUGCUGCCAGAGUUGCUGCAAGGCAAUUCUAA